GCUGAUCACGUUUCAUUUUUACAGUGUUUCAAACAACAAGUAGAGCCCGGAACCAUCAAGUUAUGUACUUCGAUGUCAACUAAGAUCUGUACUUCAAACUUCUAUUGAAAUAGAGUAUCACAGUAAAGAAGUAAGCUCAGGCCAAGAACAGACAGCGAGUUUUUUCAGGACAAAACAUGAUGGCCAAAGCUGAAAUGCAAAGAUCUGUGUUAUUUCAUUUUUGCUUCAUGUGCCUUUUGAUCAAGAAAGCAUCUUCAGAAGCUACCGAAUGUAAAACCUACAAGGAAAUAUCAGACUGGCGGAGAAGCACCGCAAAUAACCUAACGAAUGUGAAUGAGAGCAUUUGUGAUCAGCGUAUAUUAGCAGGAUGGUAUCGCUUCAAAAGCCCUGCCGGAGGGGUAAUGCCUACCAAAUGCCCCCCUGAUAAAUCAUGUGGAAGCAUAUCACCAGUUUGGAUCAAUGGGUCGUUGCCAGCAGACACUGAGAAAGUCAAAAUAGUGACAGCAUGUGGAAGGUACAGAGAUGACUGUUGUCAUCAUCCUUGGCGGACUAAAGCAACGAAAUGCAAAGAAAACAAUUCCACAUUCUACGUAUUCUAUCUAGUGAGAACUGUAUUUUGUAUGGCAUAUUGUGCAGGUAGCGAGAAACCGUGUGAGGAGGGCUGGACUUCGCCCAACGGAUUCACUCCGGAAUGUAAACCCAUAGCUACAACAAAAUCACCUGGGACAAGACCUACUACAUUCUCAAGCACAAAAACUACGAUGAAACCAAAAAGUGAACAUACUGGUAAAAAAAAGAAAGUCAUCAUGACUGUCAUCUUCGUUUUUGCAUGUUUGUUUGGUCUUGGAGUUUUCUUUGCAAUCGCAUACUUCUGUAAAAAGCACAGACUUGCUAUCAAAAACUCAGUUGGUUGCGCAACUGCUGACAACACAGCGUACAGUAUAUUUAAACAAUGACUUCAGCAGGUCUUCUUCAUAUUUCCUCUAUAUUUCCAUGAUUUAAAGCAUUGAACAUUGAGCUCCUAUAAUUUGCACCAAAUUUGUCGGAAUAUUUAUGAUUAUUUGCUACUUUAUUUGAAUCGCUAGAAAAGUAACUUUUUUUCUUGCUCGAAACACUUUAAUUUCCAUGCCCUUCUUCUCCACUGUUUUCCAUUUGUCUCUGCUGUUUUCAGUUCUCCGUUGAUACACCUCUAGAUCCUUUGUCAUUCAGGUUAUCCCAAUUUUUCUUAUUAUGCCUUUACCGCACAAAUACUUCGUAAACUAGCUUGAAUAGUUAUAUGUAUCUUAACUUAGUUCUUGUAUGUGUCAUCAUGUAUUAGGUGGAUAUAGCUAAAAAUUGGCUGUGAAGGUCAGUUGUAAAGUAUGGCUGUAGUUGAUUGAUGGCUAGAUUAAACGAAGUACAUGUA